CGCAGAGAGGAAGAAGUCAUCUUCUGCCUACCCAGUCUGACAACUACAGCCCGCUGAGUCUUCCUCCCAAAGACACCACCCGGUAUUAAAUUCAAGAAGACGAACGACCGCGAGUCGCCCCAAUACGUCCGAGAUGCCUGAGGAAAAUAUUUUCUUAUUUGUCCCUAAUUUAAUCGGUUAUGCCCGUGUGGUGCUGGCCCUGCUGUCCUUCUUCCUGAUGCCCUGCUGCCCGUGGCCGGCCGUCUUCUGCUACCUCCUCAGCGCUGUGCUCGACGCUUUUGACGGCCACGCUGCCCGAGCUCUCAACCAGUCCACCAAGUUCGGAGCAAUGCUGGACAUGCUGACGGACCGCUGCGCCACCAUGUGUCUGCUGGUGAACCUGUCGCUAAUCUACCCCUCCUACACCUUCCUGUUCCAGCUCAGCAUGUGUCUGGACAUCGCCAGCCACUGGCUGCACCUGCACAGUUCUACCGUAAAAGGAUCAACGAGCCACAAAACCAUCGACCUCUCCGGCAACCCCAUCCUCCGGAUCUACUACACAUCUAAGCCGGUGCUGUUCGUGAUGUGCGCUGGGAACGAGCUCUUCUUCUGCCUGCUCUACCUCCUCCAUCACAUCGAGGAACCCGCAUCCUGGCUCUACUGGCUGCAGGGGAUCUGCUGCGCCAUCUGCCUGCUGAAGUCGGGCAUCAGCCUCGUGCACCUCAUCACCGCCUCGCAGAACAUGGCCGCCAUGGACGUCGCCGAGCGAGGGAAAGCUGCGAAGGGGCAGUGAGAGGGCGAGAGGGUGGAGGGGUGAGCGGCGAGAGCGACGGAUCCGGUUUUAUUCCUUCUUAUUGUCUAAAAAGGCGGCGCUGGGCUGCUGAUGUGCGAGGCGACGCGAAAAAACCCACUCCAGAAAACGCACGACCAAAGUUCACAAGAUGAUUCCAGUCAGAAAACUCAGUUUAAAAGUUUUUUUUUCCCACUUAUUUUGCCAGUAAAUGGCCUCAAUAUAAAUUAUUACUAUUGGAAUCACUAAAUUAUUAAGUGUGAUGAACUUAUAGUGCACGUUUGAGUGCUUUAUUUCUCUACAUAUUCGCCAACAGACUUGACUUGUAACAUAAACCCGUGAAGCCUGAAUUCUACGCUCUUAUUUUCCUCCGUUUGGUCGUUUUCUUAAGCUCAUCGGCUGCGUAAUCACGUUCUCCUAGAAGACAAUCAGAACUGCCCAGUACUUGGAAAUCAAAAGAAAUAGUGACAAAAAAUCCCAGAGCUUUGAACAUUACAGCAAAUCUUAAAUCAAUCGUGAUUUUAAUGCGAGGAUUCAGAUCCGUUAUAAACCUCCGAUGCAGAACAUCUGGAUUCACGCUGGCCGACUGUGGCUGUGCAGGACGGUCGGCUUGUCAUCACACACCAAUACUCUCGUAAUCGGUGCGUUCAGGUGUAAGUAUUUGCUCGUGUCUCUGUCUCCUGUAGCAUUAAGUGAAACACCUUUGUGUUUUAGCGUGUUAAUUAAAAUAUAAAGUCACUUCUAAAAUGCUGAUUCACUUUCCUGCAGCUAAAAUAAUGGUUAUUUAAACGUUUAGAUACAUUUUAAAACAUCUGGAUUUUAGUCCAGAUGCUCCGCAUAAGGACAUUGUUAUUAAUGGCUUGGAACUGUUGAUGAUAUAAAAUAUUUAAGGAUAAAUGAGUUUUUUUUCAUCACAAACUUUUAGAGAUAGCACAGCGCGGUCCAUUUAUGUUGUUUUUUUUCUUCAAGUAAAAAUGUUAAGCUUUUAAAGGUGCAGAGGGCUUUUUGUUUCGCUAUGACUCAUAGAGACAUAUUGACGUUAAAUGCAGCAGCUGAAACAAAGCGGAACGAUCCUUUCAGGCUUCGACGCUUCGUAAGCUGCUGCCUCUCUUUCUGUAUCCAGACCGACAUCUGGAGAACACGGCAGCCACCUCUGUGUCCUUUCAACUGACAUCCCUGAAAUCGACGACCAAACAAACCGAACUGAAGCUCAUUCAGUUGAUCCAAAUGAAAGUAAAGCCGUCAGUGCUGAAGUAUUCCUCUCGCCACAUCCGAGCCAUUUGUUUGCGUUUUUUAGAGUUUUGUUUUUGUUUUUCUAUGGGACACUGACGUGCUGGCGCCUACUUGAGGUUUCUAAUGUUCUUUACUUGUGGUAGAUGAGGUGUGUUUUGUUUUUUUUCUGUUUGUGCAGAACGUUAUACAGGUCACGCGUACACGGUAUAUGCGUGACCUGCGUACGGUUUACCUCACAACAUGUGGAGCUCCAAGUAUUAUGGUUUGUGCUGCUGAUAACUGUAAAGCCAUGUGUGUGCUGAACAUUGUUUUUGAUGGAACUUAUUUCCUAGAAUGUAUUAUUAGAGAGUAAAUAUAUAUCAAAGCCAAUUCUAAUGUUUAAGAAAAUUAAAUUGUGGUAAUUUAAAUAUUUGGUGGUUAUUAUUAUUAUUAUUUUUGGUUGGUUGGUUUGAAUUUACUGUAAAAGCAGCUGCAAAAUAAAUAUGAUUAAAAUGA